GCGGCGGGUGGAAGAGGGAAGAUGGCGGAGUACCUGGCCUCCAUCUUCGGCACCGAGAAAGACAAGGUUAACUGCUCUUUUUACUUUAAGAUCGGGGCUUGUCGUCACGGAGACAGGUGUUCCCGCCUCCACAACAGACCCACCUUCAGCCAGACCAUCGUGCUGCUGAAUCUGUAUCGGAACCCCCAGAACACGGCCCAGUCGGCAGACGGCUCGCACUGUCAUGUCAGCGAUGUGGAAGUGCAGGAGCAUUAUGACAAUUUCUUUGAGGAGGUCUUCACAGAGUUGGCGGAGAAGUAUGGGGAGAUCGAGGAGAUGAACGUUUGUGACAACCUUGGGGAUCACCUGGUCGGCAACGUCUAUGUCAAGUUCCGGCGGGAGGAGGACGCCGAGCGGGCUGUGGGGGAGCUGAACAAUCGCUGGUUCAAUGGCCAGGCCGUGCGGGCUGAGCUGUCCCCAGUCACCGACUUCCGCGAGUCCUGCUGCCGCCAGUACGAGAUGGGGGAGUGCACGCGCGGAGGGUUCUGCAACUUCAUGCACCUGCGGCCCAUAUCCCGGGAGCUGCGCCGGCAGCUGUAUGGGCGGAGCCGGCACCGGCGGGCCCCGUCCCCAUCGCGUUCCCACGACCGGCCCCGGGACAAGAAACGCCAGCGCUCGCCCGACCAUCGCUAUGGACGCUUCUGACCCCUCCCCAGGCUCCUUGCCUCACCUAGCCCCGCCCAGGCACCAGGUACAUCCGACCUUCCCGCUGAACCUGGCGCUUCCUUUGGCUAAGCAGGACGCUGCCCAUCUCCAUGCCCGGUGAUUGACCCAGCUGUAGAGCUGCACAACCAGUGAAUCAGCAUCUGAAUUUUGACCUUUUUAAGGAUGUUAGAAAACCGGCCAGCUGCAUUUCCUUGUUUCUGUGCCCACACUUUUUACGCUGGGCUCGUGUUAUGCUGCCGGGUUACUCCUGGGGGAAUUCUGCACUACAGCGUGUGCUCAUAUUAACGAGUCCUGCAGAUUUGUAAUUUUUUGAGCAGAAAAAAGCUGCUGCUGAAUUGUUGCUGCAGUUCUGACUUUUGCCCACCAGAGGGCACUGUGGCGCUAGGGCAAAGCUGCAGCUCCCGACCAGCGAAGGAAGAAUCAGCACCUGCCUUCUUCAGGCCAGAAGCCAGGGGCUAUGGGGAGACACAGCGUGGGGUGCUGGGGGGGGGGUCAGAUGGGCUCACAAAGGCGAGUGGGGCAGGAGCUCAGUGGGAGAGGAGGCACAGGGCCCCGGGGGAGGGAGGUGCAGAGCUACACGGGGACGGGAGUGGCUGGGCAGCGCCGGCUUUAGGACGUGCGGGGCUCGAUUCGAAAGAGCUGCCGCCAAAAUGCCGCUGAAGCCAGCAGCAGCAAUUGAGCUGCCGCCGAAGAUAGCGGCAGCAAUUUGAUGGCAGCUCAAUCAGUUGGAGGGUCCCUCCUUACCUUGCAGGGCCCCUCUUCCAGACGCUGUGGAGCCCUCGUAGGCGCGGGGCCCCAUUCACGGGAAUCGGGUGAAUCGGCCUGAAGCCGGCCCUGCGGCUGGGUGGGGAGACAGAGACACAGGGAUGGGGGAGGGGGUACAAAG